AUGGCAACACCGGUAUCUGGUUUACCGAUUUCAUUUUCCAACGACGACGCUAAAACUAGUGUUUGCUCCAAAGCGCAAUCAUCGAUCAGCUCCUUGGCAACACUAGUUAAAUCCAUUAUAAAAAAUUCUCAUACAAAUGAUUAUUUAACAUCCACGUUAAAACAAUUCGCCAAUUGCGAUCAACACCUUUCUUCAACGCAAGAACAUAUCAAUAAAAUUGAACAUCUUUCUCAACAAUUAUUGUUCCAAUCGAAUGUGCUCCAACUGGAUACGCAAGAAUUAAAUCAAAUCCACCGAACUUUCAGCGAUAUGAAACUCGAGGAACACUGA